AGUUCUACACAUGCCAUUGAGAGAAGACUUCAUUCAAACGAAGACGGAUCUGAAGCCUAGAAAAGCGUCUUUAUUAUUAUUUUUAAUCUAAGACGAUAGGUAUAGAAGCUGUUUUCAACACAGUCAUUCAGUUUUUAACUUGAGGCAGCUUUUUGUAGGGGAUAUUUAAUUUUCUUUUCAUUAUCCCGCCCGCGCUACCGUAACGGCUUGGGUGCGCGCGUUAAUUAGCUUACAGGCUAAAGGGCACUAUUCUCUUAAGGGCUUACUGCUGCAACGUAUGAAUGUACUUCUGCUCACCAGCAGUCACAGUUGCACAAUGGGAGGUUCCUCACUUUGCUUGAUAGCCAAGCACCAAAAGGAAAGCAAAUCUACUAGAGUUACAUUAUAGCAAUAAUUUUUUUUUCGCAAAACAUUUGCACUGCUUGAAAAUUCUGUUAACACAGGAUUACAGAAAAUCUAAUUAUUUAUUACCAAAUAUCGCUUCAUUUUGUUAGCUACUGUUGAAAGUAGUAUUAUAUUACAACUAGGUAUUUUGAUAGACAUUUUUUUUCCCCUCAAGAUUGUGAAGGCCUAUAUAGUGUACAAUCAUGGUGUCAACAACUGCUACUGCAAUAAUACUGGCUAGUACAGUAGGAAUAGCAACCCAAACUGCUCUCACAGAGUACAUGUGGCUUCUGAUCCUCGGCUUCGUCAUUGCCUUUGUUUUGGCGUUUUCAGUAGGCGCCAAUGACGUUGCUAACUCAUUUGGCACAGCUGUUGGCUCUGGUGUAGUAACCCUUAAACAGGCAUGUAUUCUUGCUACGGUCUUUGAGACUCUCGGCUCAGUGCUCCUCGGAGCCAAAGUGAGUGAAACCAUCCGCAAAGGUAUCAUUGAUGUGGGCAUGUACAAUGGAUCGGAACACGUGUUAAUGGCUGGAUCAGUCAGCGCCAUGGUUGGUUCUGCUGUGUGGCAACUGGCUGCCUCCUUCCUUAAGCUCCCCAUCUCUGGAACACACUGCAUCGUUGGUGCUACUAUUGGCUUUUCGCUGGUUGCCAGAGGCCAGCAGGGCGUCAAGUGGCUUGAACUUCUCCGUAUUGUUGCUUCCUGGUUCCUGAGUCCUCUUUUGUCUGGAUUAAUGUCUGGAAUUGUUUUCUACUUUGUGCGCAUGUUCAUCUUACGCAAGAAAGAUCCUGUACCUAAUGGUUUGAAGGCCUUGCCUGUCUUCUAUGCCGUGACGAUGGGUAUCAACCUGUUCUCCAUCAUGUUCACUGGAGCUCCGAUGUUGGGAUUUGACAAGAUCCCUUGGUGGGGCAUCCUGCUUAUUUCAUUGGGCUGUGCUCUGCUGACAGCUGUCAUAGUCUGGUUCAUUGUCUGCCCUCAACUUAAGAAGAAGAUUGAACGAGAUAUCAAGUCUUCCAGCCCUUCUGAGAGCCCCCUGAUGGAAAAGAGAGAGCUCAAAGAGGCCCAGUGUCCUAUCCUGAAACAGACCGCCAUGGAGACGUCUGCACCAACUGCACCAGAUGUCAGUCAGAGCUCUUCUCAACCUCCAUCUGGGCCUGAGGAACGUAAAGUUACAUUUAACAUUGGAGAUUGUGACAGUGGAGAAACGGACAAGGAGCACAAGGUUGUGUUUGACUUUGGAGAUUCAGACAAUGGAGAAAGCAAUAAGGAGCGCAAGGUGGCAUUUGACAUUGGAGAUUCUGAUGAGGCCGAUGACAACAAUGCAAAUGAUGCUCCCAAACAGCCUCAGACAAACAAUCAAGUCCAGCUCAACAAUGAACACAGCAGCUCCACAAAUGCUGCCAAUCAGGUUCAUUUCAAUAACCAGGUUCAGUUCAAUAACAGGCCGACACAUAUACCAAGCAACGGUUACAGCCAGUACCAUACAGUCCACAAGGACUCAGGCCUCUACAAAGACUUGCUACACAAGCUCCACCUGGCCAAGGUUGGUGACUGUAUGGGUGAAGGGAGUGACCGACCUAUCCGGCGCAACAACAGCUACACUUCAUACACCAUGACCAUCAUUGGCAUGCACGGGGAUUUCCGUGCUGCUGUGGAAGGUGACAAAGGUCCAGGAUUGGGUGGUGUGGAAAAGAAGCGUGUGCGUAUGGACAGUUACACUAGCUACUGCAAUGCUGUGGCAGAAAACACAACUCCUCAAAGUUUAGGAGAAAGUGAUGUGACACUAGAAAUGGGGAAGGAAGAUGCAGGUAGCAACCAAAGCUCUAUAGAAGAAGAGGAUGGGCUUGAUCAAGACAAGAAAGAAGUCUCAACCCUGUUUCAGUUCCUCCAAAUUCUCACUGCCUGCUUUGGAUCCUUUGCCCAUGGAGGAAAUGAUGUGAGUAAUGCCAUUGGACCAUUGGUAGCCCUAUGGUUGGUUUACACAACAAGCAGUGUGACCUCAAACGAACCUACACCCAUUUGGCUUCUGCUGUACGGAGGCGUAGGCAUCUGUGCUGGACUCUGGGUAUGGGGUCGCAGGGUGAUCCAGACAAUGGGCAAGGACCUUACCCCCAUCACCCCUUCAAGUGGUUUCAGCAUUGAACUGGCCUCAGCCUUGACAGUUGUGGUUGCAUCCAACAUUGGGCUGCCUGUUUCCACCACCCACUGCAAGGUGGGCUCUGUGGUGGCAGUAGGAUGGUUGCGUUCAAAAAAAGCAGUAGACUGGCGUCUGUUCAGGAACAUCUUCAUGGCAUGGUUUGUGACAGUGCCUAUCUCUGGCCUGAUCAGUGCUGCUAUCAUGGCCAUCUUCAUCUAUGGUAUCCUAUGAGCAUGCAUCUGCAACCUUAAGCAGGGAAGGAUAGAAAAAAAAAUCGUUUGGGUGCACAAGAGGAGACAAGAGUGAAGUUGGAUGACCAAACUUAUAUUGCUUACCUCAAGCCAACAACUUUUAAAAGAAAAUGGGAAAGGCAGGUGGAAAAAAAAUGUGACAUGUGCCUGUGGUUCUUUGCUGCAUUAGUUUCAGUCUAGUAUUAUUUUGGGUUAAAUGGGGAAACUUGCAUAUCUGUUUUUUGACUUUUUUUUUUUUUUUUUUUUUUUUUUUUUUUUUUAUUCAGAUCAUCGCUCUGUAAAAUUUAUAAUAUCCACUGUUCUGUAAUUCAUGUGUGUGUGUGUAUAUAUACAACUGUGCUUUUUUUCUUUCUUUCUAAAUUUUAAAUUGUAUAGCAAGUUCACAUUAGACGGAUAUUAAAAAAAAAAUGCAGUAUUGGCUUUAUACAAUGUGAUUCCCCAGUCAUAAAUCAUGCUGAAAUUGAUGUAGAUGCAAAAGUUAUUGAUGUAUGUCUUUUCCCACUUCCAAGUACCGGUACGUCUUAAUGUCUUUAAUUUAACAUCCAACUUACUUGUAUCCCUUCAUCAUGGGCAUUAUGUCCUCUUAAGAACCACCAGUGACUCAGUGGAGGUUAGGAACUGUAUUAAACUAACUUAUUCCAUUAUGUUUGGAGCACUGCAGUGUAAUUUACUGCAGUGGUGCUAACUGCACACACUGAAUGACCACCUUCAGCCAAUUUGAGAAUUGCUGUUAUUGAAAGCAUCAAAAAGUCGGCAUGCUUCUCAACAGAAAUUGGUUAAGGCCUUGUUGGAAAAGCCAGUGGAUGAUCUGUCUGAUGUCCAGAGACUUUAUAGAAUCGAUCAAGGGAGAAAUGGCUAGCUGGACCUGGUCACCUCAGUUUUUAAUUUGCAACAGAAUGUCAACCAGCAGAAACGAUGCUCUCAAACAAGACCUUAAGUCUCCUGUUAAAACUUGAUACGUCAUCCUUGAUUGUUAAAUGCUGUAGGUCUGCUUUGGCCUUGUUUGUAGUUCACCAUAUAACAGUUACUUCCAGUAUGGUUGAGUGGAAUUUGCUCCUCUUUUUUUCUCACUCUGAAUAUUCUAGAUAGUGAAGAAAAGGACCUUAAAAACUGGAAGUUAAUGGGGUGGUUUGGUAUGGAGCUGUGUUUGAAAAGCAGGUAAACGGUAUAUUGCAUGCCACCAGCGUGUGGUCACUUGACUGCAGUAUCAAAUCCAUUUCGGGCCUAGAGUUAGCUGCCUUAAUUUUAUUUUCCCUUAGGUACCAAAAAUGUUUUUUAAGCACAUUAUCUUGUCCACAGUUGUGGAUGUGAAAAUAAAAAUUUGUAAAAGACA